AUGUCACAAGGACAAGUUCAUUCGGUCUUGUUUGACGGCACAGCAGCUUAUGAUUAUGGGACACCAGAGAAUCUAGAGUUUUAUGAUACAAAUUAUGAUACAUCUUACACCUCAACAUCGAAUACCGCUUAUUAUACUCCGCAAGCUUCUCAUCAAUAUCCCGGCUACCAUCAUGGUGGAAACACUGGUGGUUUUUGGAGUGCGUUCGGUACUGGAGGAUUUGAUGAUGAACCACCAUUACUGGAAGAACUUGGUAUCAACUUCGGUCAUAUAAAAACCAAGAGUUUGGCAGUUUUAAAUCCUCUUAAAAUUGUUGAUAAGAACAUAAUGGAUGAUACAGAUUUAGCGGGGCCUCUUUUAUUUUGUUUAGUAUUUGGAGUCUCUUUAUUACUGACCGGAAAAGUUCAUUUUGGAUACAUUUAUGGAGUUGCAUUACUCGGUUGGGUAUCAAUUUAUAUGAUAUUAAAUCUUAUGAGUGAAUCGGGCAUUGACGGUUAUAGAACUGCAAGUGUAUUAGGCUAUUGUUUACUGCCACUUGUUUUAUUAAGUUGUCUUGGUGUGGCUUUUCCGCUAAGCGGACCACCUGGGCUUGUUGCUUCAGCACUUGCAAUUAUUUGGUGUACAUAUUCCUCAUCUACUAUGUUCGUGACAGUUUUGCAAAUGUCUGAACAACGUAUUUUGGUCGCUUAUCCCGUCGGUUUACUAUAUGUUUGUUUCGCUCUUAUGACAAUCUUUUAA